AUGUCGUACCCCGCUGAUGAUUAUGAAUCAGAGGCUGCCUAUGAUCCCUACGCUUACCCGGGAGACUAUGACAUGCACACAGGAGAUCCAAAGCAGGACCUGGCUUAUGAACGUCAGUAUGAACAGCAGACCUAUCAGGUGAUCCCUGAAGUGAUUAAAAACUUCAUCCAGUAUUUCCAUAAAACCGUCUCGGACUUGAUUGACCAGAAGGUGUAUGAGCUCCAGGCCAGUCGUGUUUCCAGUGACGUCAUCGACCAGAAGGUAUAUGAGAUCCAGGACAUCUAUGAGAACAGCUGGACCAAGCUGACUGAAAGAUUCUUCAAGAAUACGCCUUGGCCUGAGGCUGAAGCCAUUGCUCCACAGGUUGGCAACGAUGCUGUCUUCCUGAUUUUGUACAAAGAAUUAUACUACAGACACAUAUACGCCAAAGUCAGCGGAGGACCCUCCUUGGAGCAGAGGUUUGAAUCCUAUUACAACUACUGUAAUCUCUUCAACUACAUCCUUAAUGCUGAUGGUCCUGCUCCCCUUGAACUACCCAACCAGUGGCUCUGGGAUAUCAUCGAUGAGUUCAUCUACCAGUUUCAGUCAUUUAGUCAGUAUCGCUGUAAGACCGCCAAGAAGUCGGAGGAGGAGAUUGACUUUCUUCGUUCAAACCCCAAAAUCUGGAAUGUUCACAGUGUCCUCAAUGUCCUUCAUUCCCUGGUAGACAAAUCCAACAUCAACCGUCAGUUGGAGGUGUACACGAGUGGAGGUGACCCCGAGAGUGUGGCUGGGGAGUAUGGACGGCACUCUCUCUAUAAGAUGCUUGGCUACUUCAGCUUGGUGGGGCUUCUGCGCCUGCACUCUCUACUGGGAGAUUACUACCAGGCCAUCAAGGUGCUGGAGAACAUCGAGCUGAACAAGAAGGAUGCCAUCCGGGUCUUUGCCAACAUCCUCCUGUACAUCCAGAGGACCAAGAGCAUGUUCCAGAGGACCACAUAUAAAUAUGAGAUGAUCAACAAGCAGAAUGAGCAGAUGCAUGCCCUGCUGGCCAUCGCCCUCACCAUGUACCCCAUGCGCAUCGACGAGAGCAUUCACCUCCAGCUACGGGAGAAGUACGGGGACAAGAUGCUGCGCAUGCAGAAGGGUGACCCGCAGGUCUACGAGGAGCUCUUCAGCUAUUCCUGCCCCAAAUUCCUGUCUCCUGUGGUGCCCAACUACGACAACGUGCACCCCAACUACCACAAGGAGCCUUUCCUGCAGCAGCUGAAGGUGUUUUCUGAUGAAGUGCAGCAGCAGGCCCAGCUCUCCACCAUCCGCAGCUUCCUCAAGCUCUAUACCACCAUGCCUGUGGCCAAGCUGGCCGGCUUCCUGGACCUCAUGGAGCAGGAGUUCCGGAUCCAGCUGCUGGUCUUCAAGCACAAAAUGAAGAACCUGGUAUGGACCAGUGGCAUCUCCGCCCUAGAUGGUGAAUUUCAGUCAGCCUCCGAGGUGGACUUCUAUAUUGAUAAGGACAUGAUCCACAUCGCGGACACCAAGGUCGCCAGGCGCUAUGGGGAUUUCUUCAUCCGCCAGAUCCAUAAAUUUGAGGAGCUCAAUCGCACGCUGAAGAAGAUGGGACAGAGGCCUUGA